AUGGUUCGCCAACUCACCUCGACCUCGGAGCUGGACGAGGUCUUUGCCAGCAACACAUACGUCGUCGUUGAUUUCUUCGCCGACUGGUGUCCUCCCUGCAAGGCCAUCGCCCCUGUUUUCGAGCAGCUGAGCGGCAAGCAUGCGCUGCAGGGACAGCUCGAGUUUGUCAAGGUCAACGUCGACCACGCCAAGGACGUGGCGGUCCGCUACCGAAUCUCGGCGAUGCCGACCUUUAUGUUCUUCAAGAACGGAAAGCAAGUCGCCGUCAACUCGCAGGCCAUGCUGCAAGGGGCCGACCCCCAAGCCUUGGGUGCCGCCGCCGAGAAGCUGGGUGGGCUGGCCAAGGCGAAAGCCGACGAGGCCGCAUCGGCACAGUGA